UUAUUCGUCAAAAAAGGUACGGAAGACAACAAUUUAGGGAAAACGUAUUUAAAAAUAUAAAUGAAUAUUAUAUUUAUAUUACUACUGGCAACUGCCUUCAUUCCGGGAAUGGCAAAAUCUGAGGGCUCCUGCAAUGGAGACAACUGCAACAGUACGGCAACAGAUGCAACUUCCUCAGAUGAAUGGAUGAUGGUUUCCUCCGUUGUAGAGACGCUCCAAAUGGAUGGCUGCAGUAAUCUUGCAAUUCUGGAACUCACCCCCAGUCUACUCACAUUGCAGAUAUCCAAUUGCUCCUGGUAUAGCAUUAAUAUAAGCGAAUUUAGUGCGGUGGCCAAUCUGAAAACUCUGGAGAUGCGAGGUGGCAGACUUGUGAAACUUCUCAGCGAUCAGUUUGUCGAGUUGCCCCAUCUGGAGAUCCUCGACCUUCAGAAAAACAAAAUACGCGUAGUUUUCGAAGACACCUUUAAAGGACUUUCCCAACUGUGGAUGCUUUGUUUGAACAGCAAUAGAUUAAUCACAUUGCAGGAGAAUCUAUUCUCUCCUCUUCCGGAGCUCAGCCACCUUGACCUAAGUGAUAACAAUAUUAAUGGGCUUCCAGAGGGCAUCUUCGCUAACAAUCCAAAGCUUCAAGUAAUUUGCCUUCGUGGAGGUUCGUUUUUAAGUCUAUCCCCUAAAGUUUUGGGACCACUUAAAAAUCUAAUAUUUGUGGACCUGAGCAAUAACUACCUCAGGAACCUGCAACUACCCAGCUCCGAAUCAAUUCGUCUAGAGAACAGUGGAAUGCAUGAGCUUAGAAUCGGCAAGGUCAGCAGACUCCAGGCAAGAGACAACUAUUUAGAUUACCUCAACAUUAAGGAUAAAGCUGCUGUCACAGAGCUGUGCCUGCAUGAGAAUAGCCUGGAAACGGGCGCCAUCUCAGACGCUCUCCAGGGGAUGUGGAGACUUCAACGCUUGGAUAUUUCUAAAAACCGGAUGAAGGAGUUGCCUAUCUUCACAAAGGAAAUGCUGGGUGAGGUGUUUGUCCUGCCCAACCUAAGGUUUGUCAACAUGUCGAAAAAUAUACUGAAGCACCUGCGUGCUGACUCGCCGAUCCUGUCCCCCAGUCUUAUUUACUUGGACUUGUCAGACAAUAAGAUACGCAGCAUUGAGCCACAUACCUUUAGCAUGGCCAGCAAUCUUCAGAGCCUGCUUAUGCAGGGAAACCAGCUCUUGUACUUCCAGUAUGAACUCUUUCACCAUCAGCAACGAAGCCUCAAGGAAGUAGCCCUCUAUGGCAACGAGUUCCGCCCCGAAAUAUACGAGAAAAUCACCAAAUACUUUGCAAAUGCUGGUGUUCUUGUACUGGAGAAAAACCAAGAAGCUUCAUCAAAGAUCAACAGAUCCAAUAAUGAUACUUUCCAAGCCAAAAUGCUCAUUGGUAGACUGCAUCCGAAAAGGCAGCGCAUUGAAGUACAUCGGCAGCCCGCUGACCAACGAAUUUUUAAGAAAUUGAGUACUUGGAAUAUCCUCAUCUUAUUCAGUCUAAUGGUUGCCCUGACUCUUAAUGCAAUCCUUGUCAUUAAGCAUCUACGUUCCCGUGGUAAAAGGGCUUGGAGGCGAAAGUAUUCCACUAAAAUAUAAACCAGUUUCAUCAACAGGAAUGGCUCUGCAAUAUGAUUCUAUUUUUUAUAUUGUAUAAUUUAAAAUAAAAAUAAUAAAAUAAUUAUUGUAAAGCUACUAACUGCA